UCGUAUGUAUACGUAUUUUGUCAAUCGAAAUUCAGGUUUCACAGAAAUGGCCCGCUUAAUGUCAAUAAUAUAGAAAUUCGACCGAGUGUUUCAGAUAGGAAACCGGUACAUAAAUGUGAUUUUUAUGAUAUUUUUGCUGUGAUAUUAGUGAUUUGUUUUUAAAUUUAGAAGCAACAUAGUUUUUAACGAGAUGUAUAUUGUUUUAAGUGUUAUUUGUUUAAUUGGGUUAUCUAAUGGAGAGGUAAUAUUACGAGGGCCUCCAAGGGUAGAAACAAAUCCAAAAUUUUCCAGCUCUUAUAUUCCUGCAGCUAUGCAGAUAAUUGCACACGAUACAGAGUUGAUGAAGUAUGUUAUUAAACCAGUACAAGGAACAUCAACUACAACAUCCACUACAAUAAGACCAACGCCUUCACAUAAACCAGGCAUUUUUGCACCUGAAAAUCCGGUGGGAUCUACAUCUUUAAGCAGCAAAGAUUUGUAUGAUGAAUAUGUGAACCGACAGCGGCAGCCUAGUGGUCCAAAUUAUUUUGACAGGUACGACACUCUGAUGAACAUUUACACUCAGCAGGGCAGGACCUUUAGUCAAUCAGAAGAUAUUCCCACCGAUAUUGAUAAUUAUUUGGGUAAAGGAUUUGGGGAUGUUAUUCGUUUAGCCAACAGAAUAGAUGAUGAUAAACUCAACCCCUCAAGUAUAAAUUUUGUUUUUAGAAUAGAUGAUGAUAAACCCAAUUCCAUAGAAGACUACCAAGUAUUAGAAUUCUCGAGAGAUUUUGAGGAUCCUGACUCCCAUUUCAGAUAUGAGCUACUCCGUCAAAAAAAAGUUCCUCCUACAAAAGCCUAUGUUAGCUUGUUAGCAUUAUACGAUCUCCUGAACAAAGAGUCGAAAAGACUAAUGCUGAACAAAUUUGCGGGUUACCAGCAAGAUGUUUUAAAGGAUUUAAUAGAUUUUUCAUCCUCUACCGCCAGUUAUCAGCUGCUGUCAGUACUGAAGAAAGUGGUCGAAAAAAAUGAGAUAAAGAAAGCCGAUGUUGUGAUGAAAAUGAAAACGCUAAUUACUGAUCUAGAAGAGGAAAAUAGCUAUAUUAACUUAGCCCUUAAAGACAUACCGCCCUUGGUUUUUGCCCCCUAGUAACAAAUCCUACAUAAUACUACUAACGACUUAUUAUAUUUUUUAUAUGCUUUUAUAUAUUAA